AAACUCUUCACUCUUACUUUCCUCUCCGGACUUUGUCUCCCCUUUUCUUCCUCUCUGUAUUCCUAACUCAAGAUAAACUCGGGAUUACACAUUCUGACGCUGAGGAGAAGAUGAAGUCCCACACGUUUUUCCUUGCCACCUGUGUGACCCUGCUCUCGCUGUGUCAUGCCACUCCGCUGUACAACAUCUCCAUGGACGGCAGUGGGGAUGAAGCAGGGCUGGAGCUCCUUCCCAUCUCCUUCACCACUCGAGCCCCCGUUCUCAUCUCCGCUGCUACGGGACCCCCCAGCCUCACCGCCACCAUCACCAACACCAUCACCACCACCAUGAUCCGCCUGAAGGACUUUGUCUUCACCCGAGUGGUGGACUUCCUGCAGGAGCAUCUGCUCAUCAUCAUCGUUGUGACUUCUCUACUCAUCGUCAUGGUCUUCAUCAUCUGCUGUGCCUCUGCCAUGAGUCAGAAGCGCAAGCUGGAAGCCUACAAACCCCUCCCUAACUCAAACAAGAAGCUUGCGGCAAGCAAAACAAACGCACCCAAGAACUCCAGUGAGCCCGUGGAGAGGCCCUACGCCGUGGACCACGUCAAGAGGGUCCAGACUCAGAGCAUGGCCUCCCCCAAGACCCUGCGCCAGCCCUCCAAGGCUCUGGUGGGAGAGAGGGGGCGGGACGUCCGGUCGUCGCCUCGCCAGGAGGUGAAGAAGGUCCGGGAGGUCGAGGAGGUGGAAAAGCGCCAAGAGGAGCCCAAACAGAAAGAGCAGCCGAGGCCCAGGGAGGAGGUGCAGCAGAGCCCCAGCACCAGCACCAGCCCCGCCUGCACCGUCUGCACCUGCCACCUGAAGAAGGGUCACCACUAGGGGUCAGGGCUGAUGGUGGCAACCAUGACAGAACAACAAGAUCUGACUGGUUAUACUGUACACAUUUGGAAAGAAGUCAUUGGGAUUGGAAUCUGAAAUACCUUUGGAUAACAACAGCCAGCAGGAAAUGUAUUUGUAAAGCUCACUCCCAAAAUAUAACUCUCAUCUGAUCUGAAUGAAAUUAAAAGUUAAACUAUUGAAUUUAGCUGCAUACAUUCUGUCUACAAAAGUUGCAUCUUAAAGUUUUUGAUUUA